AUGCUGCGGGAGCGAUCGGCGCUCGGGGCCGGAGUCCCGGCCCGGCGGCUGCUCCCGGCGCUGCGCCGAGCUCGGGGCGCUGAGCGGGGACGGCACCGGCACCGGAGGACCGAGGCUGGCUUGGAGCUGCGAUGGGGUUCGGCAGCGGCGGCCCCAGGAGCCGGCACUGACCGUGCCGCGGGUCGGGCACAGGCUGCUCCCAGCUCUGCCUGCGGAACUUCGGCAAUUGCCCCCAGCAGUUCUUUGCCCUGCCAUCCAGAAGGUGCGGCUCCUCUGACACCUGCCAGACGGGGAAGGUCCUGCCUGGGAGGGAAACGGCUACAGGAGAGGAAACCAAGAAACGCUCAACCGGACGCUGCUGCGCGAGUCAAAGGAGGGAAGGACCGCAGGAUUCAUCCAAUGGUUGCAAAGGUGCUCGUACAACGUCUUUUUCCAGGGAUAAAUGAGCCUAAUAAGCCCAGAGGAAUCCUUUGCUCCGAGGCAAAGGCGUUGGUCGAGUGUCGCCGCCUGGUCCCGCCUGCGGGGGGGCGUCUCCUCCAGGGGCUGCUCCAACCCAGCUCUGAAGCUGCCAAGCCCAAACUGUCCCCGGCGCUCUGGAACAACAGGAUCUUCCCAGGGAUGAUGCACUGGAAGCACAGCCCUCAUUCUCACCCUCCACACGCUCCCAGGCUCACCCCAAAUUCAGGACAAGGGGCCAAAGGCCCCUCGGGCCGGGGCUCUCUCUGUCUCUGCGGGCUCAGGGACUGCAGCCACCAGGGCCCUCCAGCACGGACAGCCUGGACCCAGAGCAGAUCCCUGGGCAUUGGCAGCGUCCUGGGCACACCUGGAGACAGAAACCAUCAGCCUCUGGGACAGCACUUCAUUGCCAGCACACACAGCCUGCCACAUUUAGGGGGGCAGCUCUCGGAGCACAAAGCCCAGUCUGACCCAGUUCUCCUGGGCACCAACACGGACUCCACAGACCCACAGGAAUGAGAAUGUUCUGCUGCUUUGACAAACUUCAGCCCAGCUUUGCAAACCUCAGUCCCUGCAGCUCCUGCUCUCCAGAGCCCCGUUCAGGGCUGGCUCCAGUUCCCUGGAGAACCUGCCCCAGCCCCACUCUGGGCCAGCCUGAGCAGAAGCCACUGGGCUGCACAAGGAAGAACCCUCCCCUGGCUGCUGCAGCUGGAGGCAGAUCCAGCUCCCAAUGGAACCCUGGGAACAGCCUCCCAGAUGGUCUCUCCCCAGCCCUUGGCAGUGGCUCAGAAUGGCAGCAGCUCCAGUGCCAGCUGGGUCCCUGCACGAGUCCUUGUCCCAGCCCUGCCCCACGGACACACACGGGAGACACCCACGGGCACACAGGCCUUGCUGGCACAAUUCCUCACCCACAGCUGAGGGAAAGCCACACAACAGUAAGAAAUACCCUGGGCUGAGAGCACUCAUCACUCCAGUCCAUCAGGACUUGGAGGCAGUUGGGUAGGGAACACACCCACAUUCUAACCCCACCUCUACAUU